AUGUUGAUGGACUCCAAUAAGUCGUUUUCAGCAUCUGGAGUACAUGUAGUAGUUGUAGCAGCAACUAAUAGAGUGGAUUCAAUCGAUCCGGCUCUAAGAAGGUCUGGGCGUUUUGAUGCUGAGAUUGAAGUCACAACCCCUAAUGAAGAUGAACGCUUUCAUAUCCUCAAUGUAAAGU